CUUGCUUGUCGUGUUUGUUGGUUUACCACUUGAUUUUAAAACAAGCGGACGCGACUGGCGACGUCGGAUAUUUUGAAUAUUUUUCCGCGGUUUAAAAAACACUAGAAUUUUAAAAUGUAAAACCUUUAGGUACAACAAAUAUUAAGUGUUGGUGAAAAAUAGUAUUAAAUUUAGUUAUUAAGUAGGUUUAUAGUUUUGUAAAAUGACAAUGAGUACUACUUCAAAAGUGAUAUCCCCUCUCAUAUCGCCUCACGUGGAAAUCAACAAAUAUCAAGGCGAUGAAGGGCAAAUCUACGAAGUCGAUGUCGGUGGUGGUGUGGUGCUGCAACAGCAGUGGGUGACGUUGACGGCGAGUAUGUGGCCCGAGCCUACCACAGCCUCAACGAGGGGCUGGAAGAUCUCUUCCGAACGUUUACCACUUCUUGCGGCCGUCUUCUGCGGGGCGGCUUUGGUUGUCUGCUUGCUGUGCGCCUUUUUCCUCUACCGUUGCUGCGUUAUGCCGCGAAGGGAGAAACACUUUUGUCUUCGAAAAACAGACGGUACCUCUACGGGAACUCAAGUACCAGCUGUAGUUUCGCCGGCCUAUCCAAACCAAGCAGCGGUAUUCGCAGAGCAGAAGGGUUGCUCUUGGGGUUACAGCAAUCGUCUAGUAGCACCAGCGCAACCAAGUCCUUGGUUCAUUCCUAGAGUGAUAGGCGGACCGCAAUGCACUCAGUGCCCUGGUGCUCCCUCAACCAGUGCUACUUCUUCAAUUCGAAAGCAGAGGCCUCUAAGUCAACCAAUUCCUCAAAAUCUAAAUGGAGAAAUAGUACCAAAAACGCCUCUACCAGAAAUAUCAGAAUUUUCUCCGAGCAGUCCGCAGUAUGCUUCUAGUAGUAUUUUAGAUGAGGUCGGAACGAAAGAAGACAAAGCGUCUGGCGAACCAUCUUUAAAAACUAGGAGCUUACCGGCCUGGGUGAGAUCGAAACCUAGGCCUUUAUCAACAGAAGAUGAUAUUAACGAUUUAUAUGCAAAGGUAAAUUUCAGCAAAAAACGAAAAAAUCGAAUGCGCAACGAUGAAGCAGCAAUAAUAGCUCUAAGCAAAUCUAGGAGUCAAUUCUUGCACAAAGACACUGACUCCUUAGUCGACAACGAGGCUGUUAUAGUUUACGAUGAACGCACAGCUUUGUAGAUUUUUUUAUACUUUAAUACCAAAUAUAGAUUGUAAGUAUUUAAAACUAUAGUGUACAUAAGAUUAAAAGAUUAUUUAAACGCAUAUAUCUUGUGGCGGCACUUUUAAUAAGUGUCAACGAUUCAAACCUUUUUUUCAAGAACCGUCAGCUAUCUUUUAUUAUUGAAUGAAAGAUAAUAUUGAGUAGAAAAGAAAACGAAAGGUUCUUUGUAUGUCACAAAGUCAUUAAUUAAGCUAGCGGUUUCGAAGUAGGUUACUUCAUCUUCAGGUACACCUAAUUGGAUUGUCAUGAAGUCAAUAUAUUGAAAAGUGAAAAUAUAUAAUACAGAAAAUUAAAAUUAAACAAAAGUUAAACAAUUAAGGGUAGAGACAAGAUUAAUAAUAAUUUAAUUUACGGAUUACCUACCCAGGUUAACGUAAAAAGAAGUAAAAGGGUCACUGUGUCUGUUUAAAUUAGUUUAAGUUGAGAAAAAAAUACAACAGUCAAUUAAAUUUAAAAUUAAAAAAAAAUCAUUUAAUGAACAAACAUUUAGCAAGAUUUAAAAAAAAAUAAAAUUGUUUUAAAAAAUAAAGCAGUUGAAAUUAUGACAGUCCAUCUAUAAAGUAAGUUGAGAACUAAAAAAAUAGGUACCUGUAUUGACCUCUAUUAGAAACAAUAAAAUUAGCUAAUGAUUCUUAAAUAAGGAAAUUAAAAGUUAAUUUCAAAACCAAAGAAAUAUAAAUGAAAACAUUUUAAAUAAUAAUAUAAUUAAAAAAUUAAUCAAGAAUUUUUUGUUUUUUAAAGUGUGUAUUAUAUUAAUAUAAUCUUGUCUUUAAUAUUCCUCAUGGACUUUUGGCUUAUUUAGCCAUUAUCAGGACUCUAAACAAAAUUGAGCAGAACAUUAUUUUUUAAUUGUUUUGUUAUUCCGAAAUCUAUUUGUGACGAGUUAGUUUUUUACUUGUUUUCGACUUGCUUAAUUUUGUCCUGAUGUUGCAUACUUUAAAUACAAAAAGUUCUUGCUUUAUUUCUCAAUAAUUACCCAAUGUGUAUACAUAGCUAUGACCUUCUUGGAGUAAUUUAACCGCUUUUAAUUAUUUAUUUAAAAAAUGUAUAAAAUAGGUUAUUUUUUUAAAUAAAAAAGUUUAUGGACAGCAAAUACUUUGCUGAACCACCCGGUGUAUUAAAAAUGUUAUACGGAUAUUGUGUUUAAAAUAUUUUUUAAUCUCACUCGUAUCUCAAAUUACCAAGUAGUCCCCUUCACUGUAAACUACGAUAUCAUAAAAAUUUGACAUAUCGUAUAUGUAUAAAACAUGUAAGACUUUGUGAUCGACAAAUAAAGUUGGUAGUUCUAUAAGUUAAAAAUUGUAAUUAAAUUUUCUACAACCGUUGAAAAUUUUGAUGUUCUUUUUUUGUGUAAACUAAGCCAAAAAUAUUGCCGGUCUAUGAUAUACUAAAAUAUUGUUUCUACGAUCACUAUCCAAAGUAGGCCUUUGCGUUUCGAAAUACAACCGCAAAGUUGACGUUUUCCGCGAACUGACAUUAAUUAAGUGACAGCUUUGUCGCUCGCCGAGCGAAAGACUUGACUGCUUUGUUUUUCAAGUUAUUUGUACG